GAUUCAUAAAAUAAAAUGCCUUCCUGGUGGGACUACCUGCAGUUCAAUAGGCAGUACAACAACAAGAGAAACUUAGAGGAAGGUUUAUUUCAGAUCGCUUCGCAGACUUGCAAUAUUUUAGUGAAAGUCAACAAUACGAACAAUAUUAAUUUGACCAGGAAUUCUAGUAGAAGUGACGAAUAUGGGUGUGCUGGUCCGCCUAAAGGGAAGAGUUCGAUGCAGAUCUGCGUUCCUAAGUUCAGAAAAAAUUCAAUAACUUCCGGCUGCAAUCCUGGACUAUCGACCGUCUUAGAGUCAGGGAGUGUGGGGAACGCAUCAUCCUCUGAUGAAGAGCUGGAACAGUGGGAACAAAUAUUCAUGAUGAGAGAUGAAAAUGGAAACAGCUAUAAUGACAAGAGGAGAAAACGGAGUAUAUGGUGCAGACCAUCCUGCAUACCCGUCUCAAUAGUUAUUAUUUUAAUAGUUUUGGUUGUCCUCGUUCCGUUGUUGGACCAACAGAACGCCAUGCAUUUGAAUACCGCAAAUGCACCAGUUAGUUUGCAUUGCUCAGAUGAGUGUAGGUUAUCGUUAGUCGAAAGCAUACCGGAGGGUCACAUGUACCCGCCUAACUCGACGCAUCUCCCCACGAAGAACGUGUGGUUAGAUUUAAUAGAUGAAGCUCAAAGUAAAAUAGAGAUAGCGUCUUUUUAUUGGACCCUUAGGUUUAACGAAGAGUAUCCUUAUAAUUCCUCUAUAGAGGGUGAACAAGUUUUCCAAGCGCUUUAUGCGGCCGGCGCGAAAAGGAACAUCAAAUUGAAAAUAGCUCAAAACUGGCCAACGAAAUCUAUGCCGAACAUAGACACGGAAUAUUUAGUUAAGAAGAAGGCGGCUCAGGUUCGUAGUUUAAACUUCUCGAAGUUGCUCGGAAGCGGCGUCCUGCACACCAAGUUUUGGAUAGUGGACCGGACUCAUUUCUACAUCGGCAGUGCCAAUAUGGACUGGAGAUCGCUCACACAGGUCAAGGAGCUGGGUGUGGUCGCUUUCAACUGUUCGUGCUUGGCGACAGACCUGGGGAAGAUAUUCGAUGUGUACUGGAUGCUGGGCGAACCGAACGCAGUUAUCCCGGACACGUGGCCCUCAGAGUUGAACACCGACAUCAAUAUGAAGUACCCGAUCAACAUAUCCGAUUCGGUGCACAAUUACGGAGCCUAUAUCACCAGCUCCCCGCCCCCGUUCAGUCCGCUCGGUCGAACGGACGACAGCGACGCCAUCGUGUCUAUAAUACAAACGGCCGAACAGUUUGUCUACAUAUCAGUUAUGGAUUACAUACCGGCAACAAUAUACACGCCCAAACUAUUGUUCUGGCCGAAGAUCGACGACGCUAUCCGCAGAGCGGCACUCGAGAAUCGCGUAAAAGUUCGCAUGCUGAUCAGCUGGUGGAAGCACUCCUCGCCUGCGGAGGACCACUUCCUGCGCUCGCUGACUGCAUUGUCGCAGGCCUACCCGCGUCUCAAUUUACAAAUCAAACGUUUCGUGGUCCCGUCCACGCCCGAUCAGGACAAGAUACCGUACGCCCGCGUCAACCACAACAAGUACAUGGUCACCGAUACGUCCGCGUACAUUGGCACCUCCAACUGGGCCGGGGACUACUUCACGAACACGGCCGGCGUGGCCCUAGUAGUAACCGCCGACCGCGGCGACGGAGUCGGGAACCGCACCGCGCAGGACGUGCGUAAGGACCUCCAAGGGGUGUUCGAACGAGACUGGAACUCGCCAUACGCGGUACCCCUGAGGCGGUUAUAGCACGAGCCGGCUUAGUUCACAAUGCGCGAAUCAGCUUAUACAGCAAAUUGGGGGGAAUCGCGUCCCUUUCCAAAUCCAACACAAAUUUUCAAUGGUUUUUCUUAAGGUAAGGCAGCGGCUUGGCUCUGCCCCUGGCAUUGCUGAAGUCCAUGGGCGACGGUAACCACUCACCAUCAGGUGGGCCGUAUGCUCGUCUGCCUACAAGGGCAAUAAAAACUAAACUAAAUAAAGGUCAUUUUCAGUUCAACAAAGUUAAAUCUAAACAAAAGUAACUCGACAAAAGUAUUGUGACAUCCCAGAUUUGUUCCUAUUCUGACUCUAGUCUCUAUUCCCCCCAAUCUAUUGUACUAAAUACUCCUGAUGAUAUUAGCAAUGACAGAAGCAUUGCCAAAGUGCCCACGCAACUAGACAGCAAAUCCAAAUCCAAAUUUACGGUAGGCAGCGGCUUGGCUCUGCCCCUGGCAUUGCUGAAGUCCAUGGGCGACGGUAACCACUCACCAUCAGGUGGGCCGUAUGCUCGUCUGCCUACAAGGGCAAUAAAAAAAAAGAACUCGUUUUUUUAAUAAUAUAUGUGUAUUCCGGGUGGGCCGUGAGCUCAUUUAAGCAAUAAAAUAGGUAUUAACUCCUUCAGUGACGUCAUAACUAACAAUGACCAAGUAGGACGAAGCUAUGAAUCAGUCAUACAUAAUUAUGAAGCGUUUUUAAUAUCUAUAAUGUUUAAAGCGUAUUUUGUGUGCUAGAUUCAUUCAAUAAAAACUAGAUUCAGAGCGAAGGAUUUUUUUAUAUUUCUUGAUGUAUAAUACGUGCACGUACGUAUUUUUGUGCAACCGCGACUAAUUGUGUUGCCAUACUUAAAAACAAUUAUAUAAAAUUUGAUGUUUAGGAUUGGCCCUAAAAAUAUCUAACAUUAUUAUUUUUGGGGUUUUUUGUGUCAGCUUUGCCAUAAAUAAUCGUUAUUGUAUCAGUUUUUGCCGAAUAAUAAUACAUGGAUUUAAUGAAUACGGAUAGAUUAAUCAAUGAAUGCAAUUCAUUUCUAGUAAAAAAAAAGAGCUUAUAUUAUUUUCAAAAUAAGUGUGUGGUUUUGAUGCACUAAUUUAUCUUUAAGAUAUAUGUUUAUUGUCUUUUUGAUUUUAUUUUAAAUUGAUAUUGAAGUAUAGAUUAUAUAUUUUUUCCAAUUAUAAAAUGAAAGAAAAUUGUUUACCUAAUAAACUUUUAUUGUAAGUAUAAAAAACUAAGCCAGUAUUAAGAUAAAAAAAUAUAUUGCUCCAUUGCUGCUCUCGUAUUGUAAUCAUACAAAUAGAUUCAUGUUUAUAAAGCUGUUUUUUUUUGUUUUGUUUCAACGGAUAUUUUUUUGUAACGAUUUCUUUCGAGAUCAACUGCUCAAUUGAAACUCUAAAUUGAUAUUUUAUCAAAUAUAUACUACAUACCUUGAUCAAAGUAAAGGAACAUAUAUUAUUGUAUACCGUACAAUAAUUUAAGCUUUCAACUUUUGGUGUUGAAAAUGAAACACAAAACAGUACCUAGUACUAACAUUUAGUUAAAAUAAAAAAUGGGAACUACCCUAAAUUGGCAGAAAUAAUAAAUUUUGAAGAUUAAUUUGAAAUUAAUGGGAUUAUUCGUGUACUUAAAAUGUAAAAUAAGAUGCUUAAAUUGUUAAAAAUUAUUUUAAAUAUGUAGUGUUUUUCUGAAGACAUGCGACAUAUCAGUUUACUGAUGUAAAGGUUUACUGAUAUAUUUAGCUGCUAGUUGUGAUGUGAGAGAGUCCUUCAACUAAAUGUAGUUUUUUAUAUUUCUCGUAAAGUUUUGAGCAGUUUAAUUUUUUUUACUAAAUUGUGUAAUUAGUAAUGUCGAUUAAUUUACUAAAUGCUUAGUUACUAUUUUUUGUUAUCCGAUAUAUCCUAAGAACUAAUUUGGUUUGCAAGUUUUAUAAUUUAAAAUUAUAUUACUUAGUAUACGCGUUAAGAUAAUUUAGAUAGAUAGAUAGUAAUUUACAUAUUGCUAAAGGUGAGUAUUUGUAGUUUAUUGUAAAUCUUUAAAUAGAUAUUUUUUCACUUAAAAUUAUACUAUAAAUUACCUAUACAUAUCACUACAGCUGUAAAACUUCCUUCGAGUGCGUUUAAAAUUAAUUAUAAGAAUAUGGGAUGAUCUAAUAUUACUAUUGCAAAUUUAAUGUAUUCUAACAUAAAGAAGUGCUGAAAACGUAUAGCUAAAAGUCAGAUUAUUAUUGUCUACUCUAAUUAUUCUUAAAAAAAAGUAUCCAAAAUGAAAAUGAUAUUUUUUUUUUUUCGGAAGUCGUAGAAAUAAUUAGAACUCUUUCUACGGUCUAGACUUGCAGUUUUUGUUUAUUGUCGUUAUUUUUUAUUCAACAUUUCGAAUGCUUAGGUUUUUGUAAUGACAAACUGAAUAGGUAUGUAUUUUUAGUCAUUUAUUUUGUAAUUGAUAUGUUAUUUAUGUUCAGAUAAAUUAUGCCAAUACUCUUUGUGUAUAAAAUGUAAGAAAAGUCUUGAAGACUCAAAUUUGUCGUGUAAUUCGUUUUUUAGUGCUAAGCAUUCUUCGAGAAAGGCAAUAUCUUGGACUAUUGAUGACAAUACCUACGUAAUGUUGGAUUGUAAAUAAAGAGUGAAGUUUUCUUUUUUUUUA